AUGAACAAUUUGACUAAAGUUAUAUUGAAUGAAGAUUUUGAUGAAUCUUCAUCAUCUGAUGAUGAUAUCAUCAUGAUGCAACUAUUCACAGCACAACAACAAAUAUUACAGAGGUUAAGCCUAAACCAACAAACCAGAUAUGUUGGUUCCACAAGUGGUCGUCGAUACAUUAAUCAUGAGAGGGUCAAAGGCGACGAACAAAUUUAUAGAGAUUAUUUUGUAGAUAAUCCUGUCUAUCCAGAAGAAUACUUCCGAAGACGUUUUCAAAUGAGGCGGUUAUUUGUACAGAAGAUCACUGUAGGCCUUCGGAUCCUCCAGUACAGUGUACCUGCUGAUGCUGUAGACGAGUACAUUAGAAUCAGCGAAAGUACUGCAAUUGCCGCCUUAAAUUUUUUUACCAAAUCAAUUAUUGCUACCUAUGAAGCCGUUUACAUAAGAUCUCCAAAUGAAGCAGAUGUCGCCAAAUUAUUUCAAGAGGGAGAGCAACGCGGGUUUCCUGGAAUGUCGCCUUUAUUUGCUGAAUUAACUGGAGGACAUGCCCCUACUGCCAACUACACCAUCAAUAAUCACGCAUACACCAUGUGA